AUAGACCGCCACAAAGCCUAGCCGUUCCAGACUUCCAGUUCCCAUCUCCUUUCCUGUUUUUGGAAUUUUCUUGGAAGAUUCCCAAUUCCACACUCUGUACAGAGAGAUUGAACUUUUUUCCAUUUCGUACCCUAAUCCUCAAGGAAAACCUUCAAUUCUUCCUGAAUUAUAUAGACCCUACCGGAAUUCGCCUCGAUGAUGCUUAAUAUGAAGGGGCCGGAGGCCCGAACGACGUCGUCGGCGUCUCCGUCGGCUCCCAGUUCUAUCGUCACCGCCGAGAAAGCUUUCUCUUUUAUCUCCAAAGGAUGGAGGGAAGUUCGUUCUUCAGCUGACGCCGAUCUCCAAUUGAUAAAAAACCGGGCUAAUUCGUUCAAGAACCUGGCUGAUAGAGAGCUGGAGAAUUUCCUCAACUCCGCCUCGAGAUCGACCUUCGUUGUUCCCGCAAUUACGGCCUCUGCCACUACCACCACCCCUGCGGAGAUCGAUUUCGUCAAGAAGCUUCGACCAAAAUUGACCGAAUUUCGGAGGGCAUAUUCGUCGCCCGACUUUAAGUUGAGCCAGUGGAGCCCUAAACCGAAGCUUGGUAUUGAUUUAUCCGCCAUUAAAAAUGCUAUUGUGGCUGAGGUUGAAGAGGAUGAGGAAGACGAGAGGGAGAGGUUUAGGAGAUGGAGGGGUGUGAGGUUUAAGGAGGGGGAAAGGGAAGAUGGCCAGUUUGGGGAGUUGUGGGAACCCCUUAAGGCGUUUCAGACUAGGCUCAGAGAAUUUGAGCAGAAGAGCUCCUCGGAGAUUUUUGAGGGGAUCAAGAAUAGCGAGUUCGUGGUUAAGGUCAAGUCCAGUCUGAGAGCUAUGCACAAGGAGCCCAAUGUCUCCAAGGUUGGUGCUUAUUUACUCAGUAUGAUUAAAUGAUGUGGAGACUGUACAUUUUAAUUUUAGUCUACGGGUAUAGCUUCAGUGAGGAUGAGGUACCGUGCCUUAGCACAAUGUCAUAGGCUCAUCCUUAAAUGGAAAGUGUUUUAGUCUAAGUUCAAGGUUGGUCCGCAGAAUUUGGUGUAAUCUUCUCUGAGUGAGGUGAUGGUGGCUUGUACCUGUAGUUUCUGUAUGUCAGAACCAUUCCUUAUUUGGAUUGUGGGUCAGGAGUUUCCAUUUUUUGAAAAUUAUCAUAUGCAUGUAUACAUAUCGCGAGAAGAAUAGGGGUGCCUCUUCAUCUCUUAUCCCCUUUCUUAUGGGUAACGGAACUUUUAUUGCUGUAAGAUGUUGGCUGUUGUUCUGUUUCAAAGCUUCCAACAUUUCUUUCUUAAAUUGGGAAGCUGUUUCCACUUUGCUUUUGGUGAAUAGUCUUAUGCCGUUGAAUGAUUUUUUGACAAACAAGAAGUUCCAUUGGUGCCUUUUUUUUAUUUUCCUAUUUCAAUAUGUUUGAUGAUAUUGCUGUCAGUUGCCUUCUUUCUUGUGGUGGUCACUUUUAUUUUAAAGUAACAUAACUUGGCACAUAGUUUACUGAUCCUUUUUUUUCACUUGUUAUGCAGGAAGUUCCACCAUUGGAUUUGCCAGAACUGUUGGCUUAUUUUGUUAGGCAAUCCAGUCCUUUCUUGGAUCAACUGGGUAUUAGAAAGGAUCUAUCUGAUAAGAUAGUAGAAAGCUUGUGCAGCAAACGCAAGAAUGAGUUGUUACUACGCUCAUUACCUACCGGAGAGUCAUCGAUUGUGGAAGCUGAUAACAUCAGUGAUGAGUUAGAUUUAAGAAUAGCAAGUGUUCUCCAAAGUACAGGUCAUUCGUAUGAAGGUGGAAUUUGGGGUGAUUCCUCGAAACGGGACUUAUCAGAUCGGAAAAGGCAUGUGGCCAUUGUUACAACUGCCAGUCUUCCAUGGAUGACAGGAACUGCAGUAAAUCCACUGUUUCGAGCAGCUUAUUUAGCCAAGAAUGCGGAACAAGACGUGACACUUUUGGUUCCAUGGCUUUGUAAAUCAGACCAAGAGCUCGUUUAUCCAAAUAAUCUAACGUUUAGCUCACCAGAAGAACAAGAGCUUUACAUACGCAACUGGCUUGAGGAAAGGGUUGGCUUUAAGGCCAAUUUCAAUAUUUCCUUUUACCCUGGAAAGUUCCAAAAAUGCAGGCGAAGUAUAAUACCUGCAGGCGAUACUUCUCAGUUUAUUUCAUCAAAGGAUGCUGAUAUUGCAAUCCUGGAAGAACCAGAACAUCUGAACUGGUACCACCACGGCAAGCGUUGGACUGAUAAAUUUAACCAUGUCGUCGGUAUUGUUCACACCAAUUACUUGGAGUAUAUCAAGAGAGAGAGGAAUGGGGCCCUCCAAGCUUUUUUUGUGAAACACAUAAACAAUUGGGUGACAAGAGCAUACUGUGAUAAGGUGCUACGACUUUCUGCUGCAACUCAGGAUUUACCAAAGUCUGUCAUCUGCAAUGUUCACGGUGUGAAUCCCAAGUUUCUGAGAAUUGGAGAGGAAUUGGCAGCUGAGAGAGAACUUGGGCAGCAAUGCUUUUCGAAAGGAGCAUAUUUUCUGGGAAAGAUGGUUUGGGCGAAAGGUUACAAGGAGUUGAUAGACCUGCUGUCAAAGCACAAGAAUGAUCUUGAUGGCUUUAAACUAGAUGUUUAUGGUAAUGGGGAGGAUGCCCAUGAAGUUAAGAGCAUGGCUCAAAGGUUAAAUCUUAACGUCAAUUUUAUGAAAGGGAGAGAUCAUGCAGACAACUCACUUCAUGGGUACAAAGUCUUCAUAAAUCCCAGUGUCAGUGAUGUUUUAUGCACGGCAACAGCUGAGGCGCUUGCUAUGGGAAAAUUUGUAGUUUGCGCUGACCAUCCAUCAAACGAGUUCUUCAGGGCAUUCCCUAAUUGUUUGACUUACAAGACACCUGAAGACUUUGUUGCUAAAGUUAAAGAAGCAAUGGCCAGUGAGCCUCAACCUCUAACUCCUGAGCAGCGGUAUAGCCUCUCAUGGGAGGCUGCUACCCAGAGAUUCAUGGAGUAUUCUGAUCUUGAUAAAGUGUUAAAAAGCGACUCAUAUUUAGGAAGACAUUCAAGGAAUGCCAUGAAGAAGUCCAUUUCGUUGCCUAAUCUGAAUGAGAUGGUUGAUGGAGGAUUGGCAUUUGCUCACUACUGCCUCACUGGCAAUGAGUUCCUCAGAUUAUGCACUGGUGCAAUGCCCGGCACUCGGGAAUAUGGCAAGGAGCACUCUGAAGAUCUGCAUCUGUUGCCUCCGGAGGUUGAAAGCCCCAUAUAUGGCUGGUAGUCGUUAGUAACUAACCUGUAUAUCAUCAAUAUGUGCAGAUAUCGUAGAAAUAUAAUAUACUUAUACAGUUAGGGGGUGAACGUGAUAAUUGAAAAUUUUGCCUCUUUACUAACCUGCUCAUACACCUUACUCGAUUCUUUCAUGUUGGUUCUUUUCAUUGCACGCAGCUGUUGUAAAGAUCUGCGCUUUGAAUCGCAAAAUUACACUUAACCGUUCAAUCUCUUCUUGUAGAGAAAUAAUCAAUUUUUCCUCCCUUCACUUGCAAAGUUGAUCAGUACUAGCAUCGUAGGGACAAAAGAGAAAACAGCCCUAGCCUAUACCAAGUAUCUAGCUUUAUGCAUUAGAGACGCUGGAAAUGAUAACUUCAAAAAUAUUUCCUGAUCAUCACAUGAAAUCACGUUAUCUGAUGAGAGGUCUACCUUGAUCAUGUUUAAGAUAGACAAAUUUGCUG